AGAGAGAGUCGUCUUUUUAUUUCUUCACACCUAUUCAUUAUCCGAUGCCUUCAAUCUCUCUCACUUUCUCUCUCUACAACUGCUACUUCUCAGCGAUUCACAUCUUAUUUUCUCUCAAUCUCAAUAUCAAUAUCAGACUCAACGAAACCCUAAGGAUUUAAUUCGUUGUAAAAACCUUGCUAAUUUGUAUAUAUUGAUUAGUUGAUCAUAGAAAUUCUUUCAUUUUUAUCUAGUAUUUGCUCUAUCGGGUUUGUGAUCAUAGAUAGAGGUAGAUAGAUACAGGAAAAGAAAAAAAAAUAGCGCACUCAACAAAGGAGUUUUUUAAGGGAUUUUGUUGUGUGCUGCAGUUGAAUUUUAUACGAUCAGAAUCUGUUAUUUUUGGCAACUUGUGCUUUUUCUGGUGGUUGUGAUUAUUGUGAAGAAGCCAAACAUACGGUGUUGCAAGUGUAGUCGAACUGUUUUUUUUUUGUUUCGAUUUGCAUCAUUAUUGGGUGGGAUUUUGAGUUGUAAGCUGAAGAUGCAGACACCUGUUGGUGGUGGGCUUUGAUCAUAGCCGGAGUAUUUGUUUUCAUCAAUAUAAGAAGGGGCAAGUUUUUUGGAGGUUAUGAUCGUGGUGAGGGGGUUAAGCGCAGUGUGUCGUUGUGGGGAUUGGUUUUUUAGGGUUGUUUCCGUUGGUUGCUUCAUUUGGGGAUGAGGAAUGAUAUCCAGAAAAGUGGUGAUGGUGGAUCAGUGGUGCCGCGGGGUAGAGUUAAUAACGGGAUACUUCCAAAUUCGUUUAGGGCCUUUUCGAGCUACCUUAAGAUUGUUUCAUCUGGCGCCUCCACCGUUGCCUCCACUGUGAGGUCUGCUGCAUCUGCAGCUUCAGCGAUUGUGGAGAGGGAUGGUGACACCAGCCAUGAUCAGGUUUCCUGGGCUGGGUUUGACAAACUAGAGCUUGAAAAAGGCAAUUCACGUCAAGUUCUGUUGCUGGGCUUCAGUUAUGGGUUUCAGGUCUGGGAUGUUGAAGCUGCAGAUAAUGUGCGUAAUAUAGUAUCAAGGCAUGAUGGCCCUGUUUCAUUUAUGCAAGUUUUACCAAAACCUUUGGCAUCAAAUGAACCUGCGGACAAAUUUGCUGACAGUCGUCCCUUGCUGGUGAUCUGUGCUGAUGGAUCCUUUUCCGGUGAUAUUAAUGUUCCUGAGGGAUCAGCCCUUAGUAAUGGGAUGGUCCAACAUAGCAAUGGUUCAGUUAAUGGUACUUGUAUGCCAACAGUAGUCUGGUUCUAUUCCUUCAAAUCUCGGUCGUACGUUCAUCUCUUAAGAUUUCGGUCUGUUGUCCACUUAGUGCGAUGCAGUUCUCGAGUUGUUGCUGUGUUACAAUCAAAUCAGAUACAUUGUCUUAAUGCUUCUUCACUCGAGAGAGAAUAUACAAUCCUUACAAAUCCAGUGCCUAGUGGAUUUGGAAAUAUAGGUGUUGGACCCCUUGCUGUGGGACCCCGGUGGAUGGCUUACAGUGGGAGUCAAGUUGCAAUUUCUACUGCUCGACGUGUGAGUCCUCAACAUGUCAGUCCUUCACCAAAUUUACCUUCUCACUCUUUGAAUGGAAGUCUUGUUGGACAUCUUGCGCGAGAGUCAAGCAAACAACUUGCUGCUGGUAUUGUUACUUUAGGGGAUAUGGGGUAUAAGAAGCUGUCAAGGUACUAUUCUGAUCUGUAUCCUGAAGCCAACAAUUUUCAAUCAGGCAGCGGUCGUCUUAAGGUCAAUGGUGUUGCUAAUGGACAUUCACCUGAUGCACACGAUGUUGGGAUGGUUGUCGUCAGAGAUAUUGUCAGCAAAGAUGUAAUUGCCCAGUUCAAGGCACAUAAAAGCCCCAUUUUGUCAUUGUGCUUUGAUCCAAGUGGUGUUCUCUUAGUGACUGCCUCAGUUCAGGGUCACAACAUUAAUGUCUUUCGUAUAAUGCCCGACUCAUCUGGAGCUGCUUCUCAUGUCCAUCUUUACAGGCUGCAACGUGGUCUAACCAAUGCUGUUAUACAGGACAUAAGUUUUAGCAAUGACAGCCAGUGGAUUAUGAUCAGUUCCUUAAGAGGGACGAGUCAUCUUUUUGCUAUAUCUGUAUCUGGGGGUUUAGUUAAUUUUCAGUCUUCUGAUUCUCAUUCCAGUGCAAGAAACAGGGGAUCCAGCUUGAUGACAAAGCCUGCUGUUCAUGGAUCACCGAAUUCAGGAUUGCAAGUGCUGACUCAGCAGAGCGUCUGUGCAUCUGGUCCUCCAGUUAACCUUAAUGCUGUCAGCCGAAUAAGAAACGGAAGUAAUGGUUGGAGAAAUACAGUAAACGGUGCUGCUGCAGUUGCAACUGGGCGGUCUAGCUCACUAUCUGGGGCAGUUGCAUCUGUUUUCCACAACUGCAAAGGUGCUGGUAUGCAUGGGGAUCAGAGUUCCUUGAUGAAAAAUUAUCACCUGCUUGUUUUCUCUCCAUCUGGCAGUGUGAUACAAUAUGUUCUGCAUUGUUCUCCUGCUCUUGAUGGUGUGAUGGCUUUGCCUGGAGCAAGUCUCACUUCUGAAUCCAGUAUUGAUUAUGAUGCAAGAUUGAUGGUUGAGGCAAUGCAAAAGUGGAAUAUUUGUCAAAAACAAAACCGGAAGGAACGGGGAGAUAAUGUUGAUAUUUAUGGUGAAAAUGGAAAUUCAGAUAGCAGUAAAGUAUAUCCGGAAAUAAUGAGACAUGAAAAUGGCACAUUUUCUGAUGUUUCUGGUUUAACAAUAAAUGAAAAUAUCAUUUCUGAGGAAAAACACCAUAUGUAUAUAUCUGAAGCAGAACUUCAAAUGCAUCAAAAGCAGAACCUGGUAUGGACCAGAUCUGAGCAGAUUUACUUUCAGUCGAUGCAGAAUGAUGGCCUAAAUGAAGGCGAUCAUGGUGGAGAAAUUGAAAUUGAAAGAUUCCCUGUUCGUAUGCUUGAAGCUAGGUCAAAAGACUUGGUUCCAAUCUUUGAUUAUCUUCAAAAUCCUAAAUUUCAACGUGAGAGGAUUUCUACUACCGGUGCAAUCACUAAUGGUCACUUUCAGCCUCAGGGUCCUACUUCCUCUGAGAAUGGAAAGAUUCACAGCAGGCGCCUUAUGGGUUCUCUUGAUGGCAUGGCUAACUGUGGCAUUGUAGGUGGGAAUGAACCGGAUAAUGGUCUUGAUGCAAAUGGACAAGAUGGUCUCCAGACAUUAACUGAAACUAGCAGGGGCUAUGUAAAUAACAAUGAUAUCCCAACAACUAACACCGAGCAAGAGGAGACUAUAUAUACUAGAGCAAACACUGCACAGGAGGGCCAACUUAGAUCUGUAAAUAAUAGAGAUGGCUCGAACAUGAAGAACCAGUUUGAAGAAGGUGAUGAGUUUGACUAAGGUGUGGUGAUAUUCUUUUAUUCUGUGGAAAAAUGGAUAUAGAGAGUGAAGCGAACACUAGAUGCUUUGGAUUGAUUGUGGAAGUGUGCACCUUUUGUUCAUUUUACAUUCUGACCGAUGUAAAGGAAAUUUAUCAGAUUAUAACCCUAAUAAUAGUUCUGCUGCAAUAUGUAUAUAUACUUCAUUUCUGCAAUGUAUUGCUAUCUUCCCUAUUUCA